ACUGGCCUUUAUAGGCAGUGGAUACUCCAGCACAGACACUAGAAGAGCUGCAAGACUGAGAACAAGCCAUGAGAGUAAAGAUAAAGAUCCACCCAGGAAAAGUGUUCUUGCCAUACAUCAAGGGAACCACUGACCACAUAGGGAAACUGAUGAGGAAACACAACCUAUAAACAACCUACAGAAGAAAAUCCAACAAAUGCUCCAUUCAGCAAAGGACAAGAGGGAUCCUCUCGCCUCUGCAGGAGUCUACUAUAUAUCAUGCAGCUGUGGACAAGUCUACAUAGGGACCACCAAGCGCAGCAUUGCCCAGACAUGAAUCAAGGAACAUGAAAGGCAGUGCAGACUAAGUCAACCAGAGAAGUCAGCCAUAGCAGAGAACCUGGUGAACCAACCUGGACAUAGCAUAUUAUUUCAGAACACAUAAAUGCUGAACUACUCUAACAACCACCAUGUCAGGCUACACAGAGAAACCAUUUAAAUCCACAAGCAUGUGGAAAAUUUCAACAGAAAGGAGAAACCAUGAAAAUGAACAAAAUCUGGCUACCAGUAUUAACAAAAACUCUAAAAUCAUAUGAGUAAAUAAAGAACAACACUCAAAAACAGGGAAACUCCAGUCAAGAAACAAUCAGGGACAGCUAAUCACUUCUCAACAAAGUAUUCCCCCCAGGCAGUAAGAAGCCAACACCUUGAAGCUUCUAGGCCAUUAAAUGCUAAUCAAGGUAACCAAUGGAAACAUUCACACCUACCUCCAGCAGACAAGAGGUUUUUCUCCCACCCUGUACACUCCACAGAUAUAUAAAGCCCAUUUUCCUAGUUUUCAACAGACCUCACAACCUCUGAGAAUAUCUGCCAUAGAUGCAGGUGAAAUGUCAGGAGAUAAUGUUUCUCGAACAUGGCCUUACAGCCUGAAAAACAUCAACAACCCAUUGAUUCCGGCCAUGAAAGCUUUCGAAAAUACAUAUCUCAAUAUAUUUACAUGACACACCUACAAACUGCAGCUGACACACUAAUGUGUCAUAACACAUAGUUUGGAACUUAGGUAAAGCUGAUAGUUUCAAAUUGUCAGCCCUGCAUGCCAGGAAUUUCGAUAGUCCCUUAUUGAUAUUUUGAAUGCUACCUUAAAGGAUGAGCUAGAGACAUAUCUUGAAAGAAAUAACUCUUUUAAAAACCAAUAGAUUGGAAAUAGUGGAAUUCUGCUUUUGUUUCAUGUCUCCCUUACAAUUUAAAUUACAUCUAUAAUUAAACACUGUUAAAAGGUCUCUGGCUUUCUCUGCCAUAGAAAGGCUAAACUACAACGUCCAUAAUUCCAAAGCAAGGAAUCAUUGCCAUUAAAGUAGUGCUAAACUGCAUUAAUUAAUUGCCUUUCGUCUGGAAAGGAGUUUUAUGGGCUUCACUUUUAUGGUAGCAUGCAGCCUAUGACAAUUCUUCUUCCAAUGUGACCUACAGAAGCAAAAGGACGGGCAUCCCUGAUUAUUUACUUGUCCUUCUAGCAUGAGAUCAUUUCUCACAUGAGCACUCUACUUAACAAAUUUACAAAAUAUUCCUUCAGUUAGUUUAUGCUAAUUCUGUUUAAAAGGAGGAGCUUUCUUCACUCCAUAGUAGAGCUCAAAGUCCAGCUGCCCCUCAGCACAAAACUUCAAGAAGAGGAACAGAAGAAAAGAAGUUAUCUACUCUCUCCACCCCAAGCUGGUGCUUGGAAGAUUUCAAUCAUCCCAAUCACAGCCUUGCCUGCAACCAUGUGGCUCUACCUGGCUGUUCUAGUGGGACUUUACUUACUCCUCCGAUGGUACAGGGAGGGGCAGACGGUAGAGAACCUCAGAGAGAAAUAUGUCUUCAUCACCGGCUGUGACUCUGGAUUUGGGAACAAGCUUGCCAAGCAGCUGGAUGCCCAGGGCUUGCGGGUUUUGGCUGCUUGUUUCACUCAGGAAGGGGCAGAAGAACUAGACAGGCUGACAUCUGACCGGCUGAAAGUCACCAUCUUGGACGUCACCAGCACAGAGAGUGUGAAGGCAGCAACCGAAUGGGUGAAAGGAAUCGUGGGGAGCAAAGGGCUCUGGGGCUUGGUCAACAAUGCUGGCAUAGGUUUGCCUACAGCACCCAACGAAUGGCUGACCAAGGAUGACUUUGCAAAUGUAAUCAAUGUCAACCUGCUUGGGCUGAUUGACGUGACAUUGCACAUGCUGCCCCUGGUGAGAGCAGCCAGAGGAAGGGUUGUCAAUGUGUCCAGUUGCUCAGGAAGAGUGUCAAUUAUUGGAGGAGGUUACAAUCCAUCCAAGUAUGGUGUGGAAGCCUUCUCAGACAGCCUGAGGCGAGAGCUCCUUCCUUUUAGAGUCCGAGUCAGCAUUAUUGAGCCUGGUGCUUUCGCUAAUGCAAUGGCCGAUAUAAUACAAGAAAACAUGAAGGUUACAUGGGACCGGACACCUUCUGACAUCAAAGACGCCUACGGGAAGCAAUACUUUGAAUUCUAUUGUAAAACUUUUCAAGAUCUCAUUAAAAAUAGCAACCCCAACCUCUACCUGGUCACUGACUGCAUGGAGCAUGCCCUGACGUCCCGGUAUCCACGCACACGCUACUCUGCAGGCUGGGAUGCAAAGCUCUUCUACAUUCCUCUGUCUUACAUGCCAACCUUUGUGGUAGACUAUGUGUUGGCCUUUUUUUUCCCAAAGCCAGCACAGUCAGUGUAGCUUUGAAUAUAUUUUAAUGGAUUUUAACUAUGACAUUUUAAUACUGUUAUGUUUAAUUCUGUUUCAUGUUUGCAUAUUUGUAUAUUCUAAAUUAUGUGGUCAUACUUUUAAUGUAA